AUGUCACCGUCUCAUCGGCGACGUUUCAACGCGAGCUCAGUUGGAACACGCCGAGCCACUAGGGCGCCGCCCCGUGACGUCAUCGCCUCGCCCGUAGCCCAUUCGGCCCUUAAUAUAGGAAAACAACCAAAGACCUUUGCGUUCGACCACUGCUUUUACUCCCUGGACCCAUCCCUGCCUCACUUUGCCUCUCAGAAGACAGUUUUCGAAUGUCUUGGCAGGGAUAUACUCGACAAUGCCUUCGACGGAUACAACGCCUGUAUCUUUGCGUAUGGACAAACAGGUUCAGGGAAGUCCUACACGAUGAUGGGCUCGCCGGGGGCUGAUGAAGGUGGCAUCAUCCCACGGUUAUGCGACUCUUUGUUCGAGAGGAUCAAAGUACAACAGUCACCACCAGCACUCACCUACAAGGUCGAAGUGUCAUACAUGGAAAUAUACAACGAACGAGUGCACGACCUGCUAGAUCCGGAGACGACGAGGCGAUCACUGCGCGUGCGCGAGCAUGCAGUGCUAGGACCUUACGUCGACGGGCUCUCGCAGCUAGCUGUUACUUCAUUUCAGGACAUCGACAACCUAAUGACAGAAGGCAACAAAUCGCGAACAGUAGCAGCGACGAACAUGAACAGCGAGUCAUCGCGGUCACACGCAGUGUUUAGCGUCGUCCUAACUCAAACUCUGACUGACGCUGCGACUGGUGUGUCUGGUGAGAAAGUCGCACGUCUGUCGCUCGUCGACCUGGCUGGUUCCGAGCGAGCCGUCAAGACCGGCGCUGUGGGCGACAGGCUGAAGGAAGGCUCCAAUAUUAACAAAUCCCUCACAACACUCGGUCUAGUAAUAUCUAAGUUAGCAGAUCAGUCAUCUGGCACAAAGAACAAAGAUAAAUUCGUGCCGUACAGAGACUCCGUGCUCACGUGGCUGCUCAAAGACAACCUCGGAGGGAACAGCAAGACUGUUAUGGUCGCUACAAUAUCACCAGCUGCAGAUAAUUACGAAGAAACGCUAUCGACUCUCCGAUACGCCGACCGAGCGAAACGCAUCGUCAACCACGCUGUUGUGAACGAGGACCCGAAUGCGCGUAUCAUUCGGGAACUACGCCAGGAAGUGGAGACUCUCAAGGAGAUGCUAAAGUAUGCCACGGGUUCCCCUGUGGGUGAAGAAGUACACGAGAAACUGGCACAAAGCGAGCACCUCAUGAAGGAAAUGUCACGGACUUGGGAAGAGAAGCUGGUUGAAACUGGUCGAAUACAAAGCGAACGACAGCAGGCGCUAGAAAAGAUGGGGAUCAGCGUGCAAGCGAGUGGUAUCAAAGUGGAGAAGAACAAAUAUUACUUAGUCAACCUCAAUGCGGACCCUUCGCUCAACGAAUUACUUGUAUACUACCUAAAGGAUCGCACGUUGGUAGGAGGAUCAAGUUCAGCAGACAUCCAGCUCUCCGGUCUCGGUAUUCAACCUGAACAUUGUCAACUACUUGUUGAGGGCGGAGGCCUACACAUGGAGCCUCUCGGUGCUGCGCGAUGCUUCGUCAACGGCACUCCCGUGGUCUCUCGAGUCAGGCUCGGACAUGCCGACAGAAUACUUUGGGGAAAUCAUCAUUUCUUCAGAGUCAACUGUCCUAAGGCUACCGAACAAGAUUCUGGUUACUCCACAGCGACGGCAUCCGAACCACAAACUCCUGCGCAACCGAUCGACUAUAACUUCGCACGUGAUGAGAUUAUGCUGAAUGAACUUAGCAACGAUCCGAUACAGACUGCAAUAUCCAGGCUUGAGAAACAACACGAAGAGGAUAAACAAGUGGCGCUAGAAAAACAACGGCAAGAAUACGAGCGACAGUUCCAACAGCUUAGAAAUAUUCUGUCGCCUUCUACACCAUAUCCGCCAUACGCGUAUGAUCCACUCAAAUUAGGUAAAAUGACAGCUUGUACUCCAACCACAGCGGCCCGCGUAGAGCGCUGGGCGGCCGAACGUGACGAUACAUUCAAGCGCUCACUGGGCCGACUCAAAGCUGACAUACUGAGAGCCAACGCACUCGUACAGGAAGCUAACUUCUUGGCUGAAGAGAUGAGGCGGAACACUCGGUUCAGCGUUACGCUACAAAUACCACCGCAGAAUCUUAGUCCUAACAGAAAGCGCGGCGCGUUCGUAUCAGAGCCAGCGAUAAUGGUGAGACGUCCGGGACGAAGCGGUCAAGUGUGGUCGAUGGAGAAGUUGGACAACAAGUUGGUCGACAUGCGCGACAUGUACGACGACUGGCGACGCAGGCAACAACGGGGCGACGAGGUCAUCGAAGAGGUACGCCUGCCCAGCGGAGACGGCGAACAAGCAGAGACAGCAAUAGACCCCUUCUAUGAAUCGCAAGAGAAUCACAAUUUGAUUGGAGUAGCGAACGUGUUCUUAGAGGCUUUGUUCCAUGACGUGACGCUGGACUACCACACGCCCAUCAUCAGCCAGCAGGGAGAGGUCGCUGGGAGGUUACAGGUGGAAAUAAGUCGAGUAGCAGGCCAAUUUCCUCAGGACAGAAUAUGUGAAGCUGCUUCAGACAGUUCCGGUGAUAUGAGGGAUGAUGAUGACCCUGCUGAUUCGGCGACGCAACAGGUGACCAUCCGAGUAUCAAUAAAGCAAGCGACGGGGUUGCCGCCGUCGCUGUCCCACUUCGUGUUCUGCCAGUACUCGCUGGGGGCGGGGGAGCCCGUCGUGGUCCCGCCCGUCGUGUCGGCGGACACGCCCCCCGCCGCGCCGCCCGCGCCGCCCCUCUCCCCGCGACACCAGUCACUCGUCACAUUCCGCUUCGACCAUAAGAAGGACUUCACCAUUCCCUUAACUGAAGAGUUCAUCGAACAUUGUGCUGAGGGUGCGCUGUCAAUCGAAGUAUGGGGUCAUCGCUCGGCCGGGUUCAGCCGCGCGCGCGGGAACUGGGAAGUGGAACAACAACAGUUGGCUAAGGCGCGCUCGCUGGCCGACAGGUGGACUGAACUCACGAGGAAGAUAGAACUCUGGGUCGAAAUACACGAGUUGAACGACAAUGGAGAGUACGCGCCCGUCGAGGUGGUGCAGCGUAACGACGUAUGGACGGGCGGCGUGUACCAAGUGCGGCAGGGCCAGCAGAGACGUAUCGCAGUCCGCGUGCGGCCCGCGCUCAACUCCGGGACGCUGCCCCUCGUCUGCCAGCAGAUACUCAGCAUCGAGGUCGGCUCCGUCAGUGUCAGAUCACGCCUACAAAUGCCAUUGGACUCUUACCAAGAUGAAGAUCUAGCGGUUCUACGCGAGAGGUGGAGCGACGCACUGUUCCGUAGACGGCAGCAUUUACAUGCACAGUUACAGAAACUCGUGAACAUGUCGCCGUCGAUGAAGAGUGAGCGUGACAACGAACGGGAACAGUCUCUCGUCGAACAGUGGGUCUCACUCACUGAAGAAAGAAAUGCUGUUUUAGUUCCCAGUCCGGGCAGCCCAAUACCCGGAGCGCCGGCCGCCUGGGUCCCACCGUUGGGAAUGGAACACCACAUACCUGUACUGUUCUUAGAUCUCAAUGCGGAUGACCUAACAACUCACCCGAGUGGCGAAGAAGUAACGGUAGCUGGGUUACACUCGAUCCUGCCCAAGGAGCACGGCAACAAGUUCUACGAGCUACAGAUACUCCACCACCACGACAAAGAUGUCUCUGCCGUCGCAUCAUGGGACUCCUCCAUACACGACUCACAGUACCUUAACCGUAUUACUGAAGCAAACGAACGCGUAUACCUGAUUCUGAAGACCACAGUAAGGUUGUCGCACCCCGCCCCCAUGGAUCUCAUACUUAGGAAACGUUUAGGGUUGAACAUAUACAAGCGACAGAGCCUUACCGACAGGAUACGCAAGAAGAUUGUCAGGACGGACCAGUUGACGCAGACCGGAGUGACGUACGAGGUGGUUUCCAACAUACCGAAGGCCUCCGAAGAGUUGGAAGAAAGGGAGAGCCUCGCGCAGAUCGCUGCUACCGGGGAGGAAGCCAGUGCUGCUGAUGGAGAGACUUAUAUUGAAAAAUACACUCGCGGUGUAAGUGCAGUGGAAAGUAUACUGACCUUGGACCGGCUCCGACAGAGCGUCGCCGUCAAAGAGCUAGAGCAGGCGCGGGGACAACCAAUCACCAUGCGCAAGACCGCCUCCGUACCCAACUUCUCACAGUUGAUGCGACUGGACUCGUCAUUCGAGUCCCUGGCCGGGCUGGCGUCAGGGCGCGCCGGCAGUAUGGCGGACCUGGCCGAGGACACCCCGCGCCGCUCCGUGCACCGACACUCAUACGCGGCCCCGUCACACAACGACCCCGAGAUACCAACACCCACCAAACCAUUUGGACUCGCGUCUCCGGCGAGUGGCAAGCUUGGAUUGCGUAUGACGACGCUUCACGAAGAACCAGGCAGAAGGAACGAUGAGGACUCGCAUUCGGAACCAGAAUCGGCACCUGUUGAUGAGCUUACUACCCCACGGUCACAUCGCACACGCAACCGCGCAACAUCCCGUGGCUUCUUACCAACAUCGAAGACGUUAGAUUCGCUCCAUGAGCUGGCGUGUGAACGAGUGCCCAACAAGAACUCCCCUUCAAUAUCAUCCAGUGGCUAUGGUUCACAAGCAGUAUCAUCCACAAACCUGACGAACGACGACACACUUUCAAUCCGAAGCAUGUCAGUUGACGAGACACCAGAUUUCGACAAAACAAUGGACUACACACACAUCAGUAGAACCAAGAAUUCGAUGGCUGGCCUUCGGAAUGAAAUCACGGAACUGCGAAACGAUAUCAAUGACCUGAAGAAUGACAUCGUGGAGUCUAAACACGAGUUGGACGAUUCUAUGUUUGAAAAGGCUAAGACGCCAGUACUUACGCCUGGUUCUAGGAAUCGUAUCAAUCCGUUCUUAAGGGAUUGCGAGGAUGCUGUUAAAGAUGACUCCAAGAACCAAAUGGUGGAUCCCCUGGGAGCCCUGCCUGUUGAGAGUGCGGUGUUGUCCAGUAGCAAGAGCGUUGAGAACUCUCAAGUCAAUGGUGAUGUAACCCACGAUUCGACGAAUGAUGUUUCACACGACAACUCGCAGGAUACGUCGUUUGGUGAAGCCGAAAUAGAAUCGGUGAGCUCUGAACAAUCAAGUCACGAUGCUGAGCGAAGCCGGGAAGCGUCGUCUGUCGGCGAGAGUGACUCGGCCUCUACCGGACCUGACCAACCUGUUGUUAAAACGCAACUGCCAGCCGGCAAGGUGGUACGGCGUCGCGCGGGCGGUAGCGCGCGCAAUGCGUCGCGCGCGUCCUUCCCCAGCGCGCGGCCGCGCUCUGCGCACGAACCCGGCCUGCAUCAUACGCCCGCCUCCUCUACUGAACGCAUCGGAGACGAGGAGCCGUCGGAGUGUGGAGUGGUGCAGGCGUGGAUGUGCGUGGGGGAGAGCGUACAGCUGCGCCUCAGCAGCAGUACGGGCGUCAUCGCGUACGCAGGCCCCACGCACUUCGCCCCCGGCACCUGGAUCGGGAUCGAACUCGACGCGCCCACUGGUAAAAACGACGGUUCAGUAGGCGGGCAGCGCUACUUCGAGUGUCGGCCCCGGCACGGUAUCUUCGUGCGGCCCGACAAGAUCGUGCACGACCGCCGCGGACGUUCCGCGCGCGCCUUCCGGGAUAACGAGCUCAAACGCGCGCAGAGCAAGGGAGAAGGCCUACACAACUUACACAGAUCGCGGAGUCGCGGCGACAGCAUAAACGCCGUCGGCACCAAAACUAGGAAUAGCAAAUAGAGCAGUCCUCCCGCGACCCGCCCGCCUCGGCGUACAUCGCUCGCUCCACGAACCUCACUCACACAGGACGCGGACAAAGCCGGCAAUGUAUCGGACCGAAUUUAUAUUUACGUCCCACACUACUUGUAUCAUAGAAUCGCAUUUUUUGUUGCAGUCGUGUAACUCGUAUGGUGCUUAUAUGUAUUGUAGAUGUUUAUUUACUACCCUUGAAGCAAUAUUGUUCGCCUUCGUUUUUAUUGUGUCGGGAACAGAGUAGGGGAAACCAGUCUCUGUUUUAUUGACCGCGUCAAUAGAACGUGUAGACGUCGCAAUGUUUCCGGAUUGUUUUACUCUCGAUGUCCGAGAGGGCAGGACAUCGGCAGUCUGAGAACGCCCUGUGGAUCUAAGUACAGUUGACUGCACAAGUGAUAUAUCACCACGAAGUUAGCAACAAAUGUUAAAUAUAAAUGAAAAACGUAUUUUAAAUCACUGCCUCUAAUAACUUAAGAGGAUAAUCACGUUUUGUCAUAAUAAUUAAUCAAAUUUAUAGCAAUAUUAUAGUCAAAUAUACUAUAAAUUAAGUGUCAUCUGUAUAUAACCGUUGGUGUUAAUUUUAUAAUAUAUAACACUUUUGUAGUUGACUGUGCUAGUCGUUAUGUUUUAUCGUAUGGAUUAAAUGAAAUUAUUUUUAAAUAUUUGUAAAUAAUAUUAUGGAAUUACAAUGUGAUUUAAUUUUAUCAUUUUUGGAAAUCAUGUAAAUAUGUGGAUUUGUGUGUGUAUUAUUAUUUUAAUGAUCAUCGGUGAUUGAAUAAUUUUUAUUAAGUUAUUUGUAUAAAUUCUUUGUAAUGUAUAGUUUGUGGUGAUAGAUGUUACGAUACUGUAUACCUAUUUAUCUAUGUCUAUAUCAUCGACCACUGUAUCUGCUUACCCUCGUGUGACCGCACAGUUUUAUAUUCUGCACAGGGAAUAUAACGUCUGUGAUUUUGACAUUUUACUGUUUCUCUUCACUGUUGCAUUUUAUGACGUUUUUAACUUAGGGUGAAGUGUUCGAUUCUUGUCCGCGUUUUAGGGUGUCGCCAAACUUAAUUAAGUAAUUUCGAAACUACUUUCGAUACCGUGUCUUAUGUACCAGUAAAUAGCGUUCGUAAUUGUAUGCUUCACCCUAUCUCUUAUUAUAAUAUUCUAACCUAUUACUGCAUAGUGCUCACGUGCAUUUUGUGUUCGACACACGAUUGCCAGUUUCGAUUGUGAAAGUAUCUUGCCACCUAACUAUUUAAAAAUCUUAUUUUUUUAUGUCGACGCCUGCUUUUGCCCCUUUUAUUUAAAGGUGUAUCUCAAGUAGUUUAUGAAAUCGUCCAAUAUUACAUCUUCGUCCUUGUAAAAGACUUUGUACUUAGUACACUAACCAGUGACGGAUAAAUCAAGUCCAGACAAUGACGCUCCGUUGUACGGCGCAAGCGGUGAGCGAACCGAGCAAUCUAUACUGCCAUUGUAACGCUUCUAAUUCGAUAAAACACUACUAGUGAUCCUUUCUAAUAUUUCAUUUUUAAUAUCGAUUAAGUGCCGGCCGACACUUUUGUGGCGGCGACGCUCUCUUGCCAAGUAGUCUGUCAGCUCUGACAGGUGUGACGUCAUAGAUUCACUCAUCUCUUGCGCCACACACACAUUUAUAUCGAUUAGGUUGUGUAUAUUCGAAAAUUUAUGUAAAUGUAGUCGUGAAUCGGCAUUCUGUAAAUUAAAUGUCACUUACUUAAAAAUUGUCCUCAAUUUAUUAUCUCCAUCCACGUUCGAACAAUAAAUCGAUGAGGUAUUCUAUCUGUAAAUUAGUGAAACAAAAUUCUUAAUCGAUGUUCUCUCCAUUAUAGUAAUACGAAGAGUAUAGUUUAAUUUUUGAAUAAAGCCUAAUUUGGAUAAUUUAUCAAGAUAUAUUGUAGCGGCAUAGUGCGCGUGUAAUCGUAUUAGGUAAUGUCCACAUUGUUCGCUCCGUGGUAAUACGGGGCUUCUUAGAUCACCUAAUGUAUAUUCCAUCCUCUUAGUAAAGUAAUCGUUCGUAAGUACACUAAAUGAGUACACAGAAUAGAGUAACACGCCUGGUUAUCUACUAGCGUUUGUAAGUCCCACUUUCAGCGUACAUUCAUAGUUCGCCACUUGCCUCCAUUCCUUGAGGGCAAUUCUGUGACGUCACAUCGUAGAACAUUCUAGUUCUCGUCACGCGUCGAAACGUAUCAUCGAAAGUGUUGUGUGUCGCCAUGCGUCGCUGAGUCGCAUUCCAACAUGUGGCGUCAACGAAUACCUCUGUAAACAUAUGUAUAUUUACAUUUAAAUGUAAGUAAGUUAUUCAUAUAAAAUGUUAUUCAAAAAUAUUAAAAACAGCUGUUUCAAAGUAUGCACUCGAGAAUUUAAUGCCAAUUUUAGUGGAGCCGCGAUUCCAUAGCGAGCGAGCCGUUCUAAAACUGUUAUCCGAUCUCACGGGACUCGUGUAUUGUUAAUGUUAAUGGUAUGACCCUAUUGGCGCCUCGCCAUGGGACAGCGGUUCAGAUAACUUGUAAGCAUUGACUGACAUCAUAUUUGUCACAUACAUAGAAUUAUGACGAUAAAAAUUUAUCGAAAGCUUAUUAGACUGUCGUACUUAAACAUUCCAUUUUUUCUAUACAUUUAUCGUUCUAGCAGACGUUCAGUAGUAUUUAUCAGUGAUUAGUUAGAAUUUUAACUACAGAAUGCGACUUGUAUGGCGUUUAUUUUGCAUUUUACGAUUUUUAACUUUGAAUGUAAAAGUAUUUACCAUUAUAAUAAAUAAAUCUGGCCCUAACUAGGACAGCUCAAUGUGUAGUCGACGUUAAAAAAUCUAAAAUGAAAUAUACGUAUUUUGAAAUAUAGUAGGAUGUGUCUUUGAAACUCUUGAUGUGCUUAUGUCCAGUAGUUUGGUAGAACACGGGCAAAGGACUGGCUGUCAAGCGGAGCAGGUACCACGCCUUGAAUGUGUCGGCUCGGGUCAGAUGUCUCGGAGUGUGCACUAGGGCUCCUAGGUUUAGGCAAAUAGUGACCUUAAAAGCAGCGUCUCGUAGGUCCUAAUUUAAUUUUUAGAAAUUAAGCUGACCAUGUGCUGUGCUUUUGUUUUAAACAAAUAGUAUUUAGGUAAAUGAAAUAAUUUGUUGUUUAAUAUUAUUUCAUAUUAGAAAAUUGUGUGUAUUAUUCGCAGUCAAUUCAAGAUAUCACACGCUUCUAAGAAUGUGAAUGUAAUAUUAUUAUUUUAUGAAAUGUGACUUGCAUGGAUUUUAUUUUAGCGUAGAUAAAGUUAAGUAAAUUAAUUUUGCCAGAAUUGGAAAUGUAAAAUAAAUAAAUGACAAAGUAAUGUAUGUAUUUCUAAUUCUUUUUGUGAUAAAUAGGCAGCUACUUUGUAGCAUAGAUGGUUGCAUCUUCAUUACUAUACACAUAAAGCAUAAUAAAGAGAUUUUAAUAUUUAAAUACAAAAAUAGUUCACUUCUAGUGGAAAUAUUUUUGCCAAGUAGCAAGUUCGAGUCAACCAUCGCUGUCAUUAUCAAUAAAUGUAUUAUAAAAUAUUU